CUCUCCCAAUGAGAGACAGACCUGUACACGUCUUGGAAUUGGGCAGGAAUUGGAAAAGCUGCCUGGAGGAGGUGCUUCUUGAGCUGACUUCCAGCUGCUCACCCUGCCAGCCCCACAUAGAGACAUGGAGAAGAGCCGGAAUUCUCUCCCACCUUGGCUGCCAGGGAGCCCAGUGCAGGAGGGCGGUUAGGUCAGCCCACCAGGCAGCUUGCUUGUCUGCUUUUCUCGGAUGUAAAAGCCAGGACUCUGACCUUUAUUGGUAACCCUAGGAGUUUCCGGAAUGAAAUUGUUAGGUGGCUGGGAUUUAAAAUUUUCUGUUCUGUCAGAGAAACUGUCAAUUCUGGAAAAACUGAUCCUACAGUUGCUCAGCUCCAAAGGGAAUCCCUAGGUCCCCGUAACUACGCCAAUAGGAAGUCACUCCCAGACUGGGACAUGGUUCAUGCUGCAGCGAUUGCGGGAAGGUACAGAAGUAGUUCACCACGAGGACUGGCACCUGAGGCAUAGGUGGAGGGAUUUCCCCGCACAGUCUCCCGUCUUCUUGAGCUGAGAGAGUCCAAAUUGUUGAUGACCUGCCAUAGACAGCAAGAAGAACAUUCUUGAAAGAGAAAACACGACACGAAGAAAGGUAACGGGAAUCCAAAGCAGAGGUUGCAGACCUUUUCUGGAUAUGGCCAGAUGGUAGAGCUUGUGGGCCACGUGCUCUCUGCUAGCUCCUUACCUCUGGGUUGGGGCUAGCAUGGACACAGCGGUCAGCAGCGCCUGAGUGGAAAGGCGCAGGUUUAUUUACGAGAACAGGAGGCAGGCUGCCAUGCGAAUGUCUGAUCUGAAGGUAAGAAGAGGAAGAAUUGGGCUAGGUGUUUUGUUCCCCUAAGGGAGAGUCAGAAUAUAUGGUCUCUUUCUUGGCAGCCAUUCAGCAGAUGUUGGAAGGCCGUCUCCCGACCCACUGCUCGUAGAAUCUGUUCUGGUGGGAGGGGGAGUCGACAGCACAGUGUUCUCUGCUCUGCGAGAACUGCGUGAGUGACGUGAUGGGACAGGAGGCGGACCGGCUUGGGGUGCCUCUAGGGCACAGGAAGGCUCAGCCUCCCUGAGUGCAGAGCAGACCAAGGGCUCUGUGGGGAGGGUCCAGGUGAAGCACAGAUGAUGUCCCAAACCUUCCAAGGUAACCUGGGUUUCCAGCCCUGCAAGGGAGACUGGGUGGAGGCAGAGUACUGGAUCCGGCCAGGCACCUGGAUCAGCGAGGCCAUCUCUGUGAAGCCGCUGAGGUACAAGCGCGUGGACAGGGUCUGCAUUUCUAGCCUCUGUGGGAAAAACGGGGUGAUAGACGACAGCAUCUUUUUCACCUUGGACUCUCUGAAACUUGCUGAAGGGUAUGUGCCUCGAAGACAUGACAUGGUCAGUGCCGUGGUGGUGGAGAGCAGCCAGUCAUGCUACGUCUGGAGAGCCCUGUGCAUGACCCCAGUGAAAAGACGGGACUCCUCUGCCUUUGAAGAGACUGCCGACGAGUUCCUUGGAGCACUUUUACUGAAGAACAAAGGUGACAUCGAAGUCACGAGGUUGACAAAUUUUGGAACGUUAAAAGAAGGAGAAAGUAAAAAUAUGGUGAUCUGGAUAGAGAAUAAAGGAGACAUUCCUCAAAACUUAGUCAGCUGUAAACUGGCUGGCUGGGACAAAGCUAAACAGUUCAGAUUUCAAAUGCUGGAUAAAGGCCAGACAUGCCCGGCAGGGUCUCUUGUUCCUAUUCCUGAGAAGAAGAAUUUUUCAGAUAAAAAUAUUAACUUUCUAGACAGCCACCAAAAAAACAAAACCUCUCAGGCGUCAGAGAGCAGUUUGGUGAACAACGGAGACAUCUCACCAGAUGACUGUACCUGUAAAGGAGAAAACGGAGACAAAGAAAAGGCAACACCAAGGAAGCAGGCGACGGAGCUGGACCCCGGAGGGCUCAUCCCUCCAGGUGGAAAAACCCUCAUCGUGAUUAUGUGUGACGCAAAGAGCCCAGGCCGCUGCAGGGAGCUCCUCCUGCUCUGCUUCUCCAGCUUCACGAUCGGGCGGUUCCUGGAGGUGAACGUGGUCAGCGGGGAGGAGUCUCUAAUAGCCGUCCGAGAACCGUUUUCCUGGAAGAAGUCUAAAACCACUCCCACGUUAACAUCCACAAAAGCUACAGUUGUCGUGACCACACAGAAAAGGAACUCAAGACGCCAACUUCCAAGUUUCCUUCCACAGUAUCCAAUACCAGAUAGACUUAAGAAAUGUGUGGAACAAAAAAUCGACAUUCUGACUUUUCAGCCGUUACUCGCAGAGCUUUUGAACAUGUCAAACUACAAGGAGAAGUUUUCGACUUUGCUCUGGCUUGAGGAGAUUCAUGCAGAAAUAGAACUGAAAGAGUAUAACAUGAGUGGGGUCACCUUGAAAAGAAAUGGGGAUUUGCUGGUUCUGGAGGUCCCAGGACUGGCUGAAAGUAGGCCUUCUCUGUACGCAGGUGAUAAGCUGGUCUUAAAAAGCCAAGAGUACAGCGGACAUGUCAUCGAGUACAUCGGCUAUGUGAUUGAGGUGAGAGGCGCGCCUGCUCCGCUAGUGCUGGGCCAGCCCUUCCGGCCAGUCGGGGGUCACCUGCCCACCCUGGCUGGGGCAGAGGCACUUCUUCAGGCUUUGACGGUACUUCAGAAGAUGCAGGAUAAAAUUCACGAAGAAGAAGUAACUCUUAAACUUAACCCAGAAUUUGAACAAGCAUAUAACUUUGAACCCAUGGAUGUGGAAUUUACAUAUAACCGGACCACGAGCAGACGGUGUCACUUUGCGCUUGAACACGUCAUCCACCUAGGUGUUAAAGUGCUGUUUCCGGAAGAAAUCAUUUUACAGUCUCCCCAAGUGACGGUAAACUGGAACGACGUACAAGACACCAAACGUGAUGGCCAGCCCGCCAGCAAGAAUCAGAAAUCUACGAAGGACCAAAGUAAACACGCAGCAGAGGAGAGGCAAGCUGGUGCCCAGGACGCACUGGAGCUGGCAGCCUUUGCCAGAAAGCCAGGUAACCUGGUAAAUGAAGCCCAGAUCCCCAAGGCGAGAGAAAAGGAGUUUUUCAAUCCCGUGCUCAAUGAAAACCAGAAGUUGGCGGUUCGAAGAAUUCUCAGUGGCGACUGCCGCCCGCUCCCGUACAUUCUGUUUGGGCCUCCUGGAACCGGGAAGACAGUGACAAUCAUAGAGGCUGUUUUACAGGUGCACCGCGCUCUGCCGGACAGUCGCAUAUUGGUGUGUGCGCCCUCCAACAGUGCAGCCGACCUCGUGUGUCUGCGACUGCAUGAGAGCCAGGUGCUGCGGCCGGGCGCCAUGGUGCGGGUGAAUGCCACCUGCAGGUUCGAGGAGAUGAUCGUUGAUGCUAUCAAAGCGUAUUGCAAAGAUGGAGAAGACAUCUGGAAGGCCUCGCGCUUCAGGAUAAUAAUCACAACGUGCAGCAGUGCGGGGCUCUUUUACCAAAUAGGAGUGAGAGUCGGACAUUUCACACACGUGUUUGUGGACGAAGCAGGACAGGCCAGUGAGCCGGAAUGCCUUAUUCCUCUGGGGCUGGUCUCAGACACCAACGGCCAGAUUGUCCUUGCCGGAGACCCCAUGCAGCUCGGCCCGGUUAUUAAGUCCAGACUCGCCAUGGCCUACGGGCUGAAUGUGUCUAUGCUGGAAAGACUGAUGUCUCGGCCGGUGUAUAUGAGGGACGAAGACGCUUUCGGUGCCUGUGGCGCCUACAACCCCUUGUUGGUUACAAAGCUCGUGAACAACUACAGAUCCCACCCAGCUCUGCUGGCACUGCCAUCCAGGCUGUUCUACCACAGAGAGCUCGAAGUGUGCGCAGACCCCAAGGUGGUGACCUCCCUGCUGGGCUGGGAGAAGUUACCGAAGAAAGGCUUCCCGCUCAUAUUCCACGGCGUGAGGGGCAGCGAAGCUCGUGAAGGCAGGAGCCCGUCCUGGUUCAACGCGGCCGAAGCCGUCCAGGUCAUGCGCUACUGCUGCCUCCUGGCCAGGGGCAUCUCCAGCCAGGUGUCUGCAAGCGAUAUUGGUGUGAUCACACCCUACCGGAAGCAGGUGGAAAAAAUCAAAAUUCUUUUGCGAAAUGUUGAUCUGAUGGACAUAAAGGUUGGAUCAGUAGAGGAGUUUCAAGGGCAAGAAUAUUUGGUCAUCAUCAUCUCCACCGUGCGGUCAAAUGAAGACAGAUUUGAAGACGAUAGAUAUUUUUUGGGUUUCUUGUCCAACUCAAAAAGAUUUAAUGUUGCAAUCACCAGACCCAAAGCCUUGCUGAUUGUGCUGGGAAACCCUCACGUGCUGGUCAAAGACCCCUGUUUUGGUGCCUUACUGGAAUACAGCAUUACGAACGGUGUCUACACGGGGUGCGAUCUACCUCCCGAACUGCAGUCACUGCCAGACUAUGGCUAGACAUGCGCCCCCAGGACCGGAUCCACAGCCACAGUUGGUAAGGCAGGGCUGCUGGGCCUGGUGCCACACCACAGGGAGCUGCUGUCCCCGUCUCUGUGCUGGGGCCCCUGCAGCCUGCCUUGUACCCUAGCCUUGGCCGCCAGCGUAGGGGCCACGGGGUCCGAUGGAACCUGCUAUUCCCACACCAGCCCAUUCCUGCCACUGGACGGUUACUACAACCCAUCACCAAAAUAAAUGUGCACAUGGGA